UUGAUCAACGCGGUAUCCAUAGGAAACCCCAGAGAAUGAGUAACAUGCCAUCGAAGUUGCACCGCUUCACGGUCUCUCGUGCAUCUAGAGGAUAAAAAGAACAAGUCCACGGUGUGUACACAAUUGCGUUUCGAUGGAGAUAUGUACAUAACAUGGUGAGAACCCAGGGUCCGAACCCAGUCCUUCGAGAAGGACAUGCCUGGUAGGGAAUCUGAUUUGGAAUCGAUAUGGCAUACUGGGACAAGGACGAAAAAAGGCCACUUCGGUGCCUCCGUACCGAUCUACGCCUGUGCAUGUCUCAGGAAUGUCAAUCAAUGGCAGCUCGGCAUCGAGAACAAAAAACUCACUUACCGCAUAUGCAUGGACUUUGUCGCAGGCAAAAGAGCUGAAGCGUCGCCGCUGGACGGGGACAAGGCAAUCACGAGUGAUUUUCAGGCAUACGACUCUCAACAACGUUUCAACUACGAAGGACGUGAAAAUCAAGGCUCACAUGGUCCUAAGAGCGGAUGCUCAGCAUCCAUCUCAGCCCGCUUCUCAAUUUCGCACGCGAUGACAACAAAAAUAGUCACUGGCGUCGAAGACGAGGGAGGCGGUCGUCUGCGCAAGAAUCAAGGGGGAGAAAGUGGAAGUACAGCAUCACAGUCUCUGAGAAAUGGGAUUUGUUUCGAUCGUUGGGAUCAGCUCGGAUGGGGCGUCAAGCAUAGUAGACGGUGGGAGGGAGAGUUUGACAGCGUCUCAAUUUCAUGGCUUUCAGUGCUCAAUCAGCGUAUGGGAUUCAAAGAUUGUUUGCCAGGGAAUUUCAUGGAUACAACGGAGAUAGCAUGCCCAAAUCACCGUAGACAGCCUCCAGAAGGCUGCACUCGAAGGAAAAAUUGUACUCGUUCAAUAGAUUGUGACGAGUACGAUUGGAGGGCCGUGCAUGACGAGCAGUUCAAUGCUGCUGCGGUACCCAAGCAGAGCCUGAGGAGCGGGUGUCACCUAAUCAACGUGCUGGAUUGGUCGAUACUGCGGUUCACGACCCAAGCCGAAGGUGGACUGCAUCUUGGAACUCUGGAUAUCGUACUGACCGCUCAGGAUUUGAAAGUGGCAAAUGGUUUUCGACGUUCGCAUACUAGAAUGAUGUUCCCGUCCUACCAGGCGCUUCCCUUGCGUUUUUUCGUGAAAAGGUUUCCCUUGCAUGAAUUUUAUGCCGCGUGGUCGUCCAUUGAUGGUAUGUCCAAAGAACUGUGGUUGCUGGAGCGUGUGGGGGAGCUUCAGGGGUUCCAGGGUCUGUUCAUCAAUGUGGCUUGUUUUGUAUUCGACUAAGCGCUGAAGAUCUAUUAAGGCAAGUUCAUAUCCACCAUAAUGUUCGAACGUUCUCUUCGUGACGAUCUUUGCAACGAAUCGAACGAGAAUUUGGGACAACACCC